AUAAAAGACAUCAUCAUGAGUUAUUAUCCCCCACAUCUCACGUUCCCACCACUUUUGACCGUCUUUUCCAUGUCCCUACACUUCUCUUCUACUUCCAUCCAAUCCAUUCCCCAUUCCCCUUUUGCCUUCUCCUACCUCACUCAUUCACUCCGGUGGCUGAUGGAGCCAUCUCCACCGCAACCGGCUGAGCAGCGAAACAACCACGCCCCCUCUCCCUCUUCUUCAUCAUCACUGCCAAUGCCAUCUUCUCGGGCCUCCCCAAAUACUACCGCUCCUGGCCUUAUGGGGAAGCAUCGAAUGGCGGCCGCAAUUUCUUAUCUCAAUCAGCAAAUCCAAAUCAUCCAGGAUGAGCUAGACGAGCUUGAAACUAUCGGUGGAGUCUCUACUGUUUGUCCAGAGUUAAUUUCAACUGUCGACGCUGUUCCAGAUGCUCUACUUCCAGUGACUAGAGGUCCGGCUGAUGUUGGGUGGGAGAGGUGGUUCCAAGGAACCCCGAGCUCCCGAGGUCGCAGACGAUGGAUCUGAAGACUUCAUGAGGUUUCAGUUCAUACCAUUACAAGAGUAGGAUUGCUUCAUGUUUCCACGUCUGUAUUUUGAUUUCAUAUUAUUCAUUUUGCUCUGUCUCACGUUAUUCCAAUGGUAGUAACUCUAGUUUUCCACUUCACCACUGUACAUCAACUAAAUAUAUUACAUCGUAGUAUCAUAUAUCAAAGCUUUAGAUUGCUGUACUUGUUGCAAGCACUCAGUUAGGAAGAGGUUUAAACUCGGAAACCACACAACAUAGGGUACGGAUUAGAAAGAGAAAUCUUGACUGGUGAACUGGAUACCAGUGAAUUGAAGAUAAGCACACAGUAAGGUGGUUCUUACCGCAACCAUUUCUCUUACCAUGACUCCUUUUACAACCACUGUUUGCUUCCAUUUACUGGUCUUCUCAUCAGUGAUUUGAGAGUCAGCGGGCUGUAAUGGAUAUGGUUUAACAUCGUAUUACAGAUAUGGUAUAACGUCUGUGGACGCCAUUACAACCUUUGUUCUUUCAUCUGUUUGCUAGUACUGCCAUCAUUGACUUGAGCGUCAGAAAGGCUGUAAUAGAUGUUUAACGUGGUAGACACAAUUUACAACCUUUGUUUUUCUUCACUUAUCUGGUGCCGUCAUCACUGACUUGAGGGCUGAAAUAGAUGUUUUAUCGUCCGUGGAUGUUGUUUCUGAAUAGACCAAUUAUCUGCAUAUCAUUUCUAGAACACAUUUCUGUACUGCAACCAAUAAUGAUGUGGACAGUGUUGGUAAGAAUUUCUUUUUCCCUUUGUUUCUUCAUUGUUACUGGUGCUACCCUAAGAGGUAAUCUCUGCUUGUUUGGAGGCUGCAACCAACAAAUGUAAAGGAUUUGCCUUUUCACCAUGUUGAAUAAAUAAUGCCACUACUCUAUUGUGCAAUUAUUACACAA